AUGGAUCUCAACCGGGUGUCUCUGGAAAAAGGCAAAGGGAAACUCUUCCUGUUUCCCAAGAUGGAAGGAGCGCCUGGAAGUCAGGAAGCAGCAAAAGGCGAUGAGAUUUCUGAAAUGGAAGAGAUGUCUGGAAAUCAGCAGCAUCAGGGAAACCACCCAGAACAGGCAGUGGGGAAAAACUUUCUCUGUGAAGGGGAGAAAAGUUCAAAUGAAAGCACUUUGCAAGGGGGAUUUCAGCCUGGUUGGAGAAAAAGGACAGGAAUGGACAGUGAUAAAAGCUCCAGUCAGAGUGCUGACCCUCUUAAAAACUUGAAUGUCCAGACUGGGAAAAAGCCAUACAAAUGCUCCUAUUGUGGGAAAAUCUUCAACCAUGCCUCAGCCCACUUGGUCCAUGAGAGGAUCCACACAGGAGAGAAACCGUAUAAUUGCUUGGAGUGUGGGCAGAAUUUCAGUCGGAGAUCGCACCUUACCAGACACCACAGAAUCCACACAGGAGAGAAACCGCACACCUGCUCCGAGUGCGGGAAGAACUUCAGUCGGAGAUCGCACCUUAUUGAGCAUGAGAGAACCCAUACAGGAGAGAAACCAUUUGCGUGCUCCACCUGCGGGAAAAGCUUCAAUUACCGGUCCCUCCUCAAAGAGCAUGCAAGGAUCCACACGGGAGAGAAGCCAUACAAAUGCUCAGACUGUGGGAAGAGCUUCAAUCGGAGAGAGAGCUUUAUCAUCCACGAGCGGACGCACACUGGAGAGAAGCCAUACGAGUGCCUAGACUGCGGGAAGAGAUUCAGUCAACGAUCAAACAUUACUGCCCAUGAGAAAACUCACAUGGGCGAGGGAAAAUAUAAGUGUUCCAAGUGUGGGAAGAGCUUCUGCAAUUCCACUGGCCUCCUUAGGCACCAGAAAAUCCAUACAGAGGAAAAGCCAUGAUAAAACAUGCUCAACGGUAGACAAA